AUGCCCCGCCUCCUCGCCCCGCUCCCCUCCCGCUCGCGCCGCCGCCGCCUCCUCGCCAUUCUGUCGAACACCUUCUCGACGUCCACCGCCCCACCACACCGCCCGCCGCCGCCGCCGCUGCCGCAGCUCUCCCCGCUGCUUCCCCGGACCGAGGAUUCCUACGCCUCCGUCUCCGCCGCGGCCGCCGACAUCGCCGUCUCCUUCCGCGACUGGUUCCUCGUGCCCCGCGCCGCCGAGCCGCUCUCCGCCCUCGACGCGAUCUACGAGGCCCUCGCCGCCGAGGACGCGGCGGCGCUCGAGGCGCUCCCGCUCACGGAGGAGCUCGUCCUCUCGUUCAUCCGCCACCGCCCGCGCCGCCUCCCCGACGGCGACGCGCUGCUGCUGCUCCGCCUCAAGUUCUUCGACUGGUCCGGCCGCCGCCCGCGCUACCGCCACACGCGCGCCGUCUACCACGCGGUCUUCCGCCUGCUCUCGCGCGCGCGCCGCGCCUCCGUGCUGCUCGACUGGCUCCGCCUCUUCUCCUCCACCACCCCGUCCGCCAACCAGCCGCGCUUCCACGACACGCUCGUCGUCGGCUACGCCGUCGCCGGCGACCCCCAGCGCGGCCUCGGCGUCCUCGGCCGCAUGCGCUUCCGCGGCAUCGACCUGGAUCCCGUCUCCUCUCGCAUCCUCCUCAACUCCCUCGUCGACGCUUCGCUCCACGACUACGCCGACUCCUUCGCCCGCAACCUUGCUGCCAGCCCCGUUUCAACCUGCAUCCGUAUCAAGAGCCUCUGCCGUCGAGCCCGCCUCGGCGACGCCGUAGCGCUACUUGACACCCUCCCUUUCGCGGAAGCAUCCAAAGGCACCGCGGCUGGCUCUAUCGUCACUGAGUUCUGCCGGCGUGGCCGCUUUGAUGAGGCAUCCCAGAUUGUUGAUAAAUUCUCCUCAUGUGAUGUUUACGGCGCAUGGAUGCAUGGCCUCAUUGAGGCUGGGAUGCUUGAUACUACGUUGCAGUUCCUUUCUGAUAAGAAGGAGGCUGAGGGAUACAUCCCUGAUGGUAAGCGCUAUGAUAAGCUUGUGUACCGCCUUCUCAGCAAGAACAGACUUGGUGAAGUGUAUGAUUUGCUUGUGGAAAUGAUGGAGGAGGGCAUUGCUCCAGGACGUUCAACCAUGAAUGCCGCACUUUGCUUCUUUUGUAAAGCCGGCCUUGUGGAAGUUGCCAUGCACCUGUAUAGGUCAAGAGUGGAGCUUGGGAUUAACCCUAACAAGGAUGUCUAUAAUAAUCUUAUCAGGGCGCUGUGCCGCGGUGGGGCCACGGAAGAGGCAUGUCUGGUAUUGGAGCAGUCGAUGGCAGACGGCUACUUUCCUGGCCGUCAGACGUUUGCCAUGUUUGCAAAUGUGCUGUGCCAGGAAGGGAAGCUUGAUAAGGUGAGGGAGCUUCUUGACAGGGCGCUCAAGCAGGAGGCGUGGCCAAUGGACAGUAUCUUGGCCAAGUACCUUGUGGCCUUGUGCAAGAGUGGGAAUGUGGACGAGGCAUGUACAGUGCCCCAGAUAGCGAGCAGCAAGAACCCUGCGGGCCUAUAUCGUUAUGAAUCAACUUACAAGAGCUUGAUUAGGGCAUUAAUAUUGAUUAAGAGGGUGGAUGUGCUGCCAAAGCUCAUACUGGAAAUGCAAGAUAUGGGACACAUUCCAACCCGGAGCCUCUAUCAGUCUGUCGUUUGUGCAUUGUGUGAGGAGAGUAGGUAUGGUGAGGUUCUUGAGCUACUGGAGAACCAGUUGGGGAGAAAUGAACUACAACCCGGUGUGUGCUAUAACUACUUCAUCUCUGGGGCUGGACAUGCUAAGAAGGCUGAUGUUGCCAGGGAGGUGUAUAGCCGGAUGGAGUGUGCGGGGAUUGUACCAUCUGUAGAAAGCAAUAUCCUUCUUCUCAUGAGUUAUCUGAGGAGCAAGCGUAUUGGUGACGCACUAAAUUUUUUCAACUGCAUUCAUGAGAAGAAGGCACCUGGGACCAGGAUGUAUAACAUAUUUAUAUCUGGUCUAUGUGAAGCUCGGAAGCCGGAGCAGGCAAUGGUAUUUUGGAGGGAAGCAAGGGAUAAAGGAUUAAUUCCGAGCAUCAACUGCUAUGAACAGCUUGUGCUUCUUUUGAGCUCAGUUAACGACUAUGACAGCGUUGUCAAGAUUAUUGAUGACUUCAGGGAAACAGGUCGCCCUGUUUCAGCCUUCUUGUGUAAUGUACUUCUGUUGCACACACUGCGGGGCAGCGGUCUUCUGAAGGCUUGGACACGUUCAGAAGAUAGAUCAGCAUCUAUUGUAGCAAGUGCUGAAGAGAUCAAAGGUCGUGGGGCAGGACGAAUCUUGAUUGGACAACUUAUUGAGUUGUUUGCAAGUGGUAUUCGAAACAGGAGUGACUUGGAGGUUCUAGAAGAAGGUUUAGAACAGUUCUUUCCUGUCGACAUUUUUACUUAUAACAUGCUGCUACGAGGAUUGAGCAUGGCAGGGAGGAUGGAUACUGCAUGUAACAUGUUCGAAAGGCUGUGCAGAAAGGGGUAUCAACCAAACCGAUUUACUUUUGAUAUAAUGAUACACGGCUUCUGCAAGCAUGGCAUUCGAAGUGAGGCUGAAAGGUGGAUGGAGGCAAUGUACCGAAAUGGGUUCUAUCCUACUUGGUACACUAUGAGGUUAUACAACAAUACAUCCUUGCGAGUACAUGAUCAGAAAGUCAUUCAAUUUGUAUAAGCAAUUACCUAUCUUCGCCUCGCAUCCGUCUACUCGGCUAUUUAAUACUAUGCCUUUACUGAAAAAGGCACACUUUUUGAGGAUCAGACAUACAUCCAUGUGGAGAAUAUUUGUAAACUUAACAUUAUUGCAUCCUGAACCACACCUCACCUGGCACAACUUAGCGUCGAAGAUGUAGCUAGGGUAUCAGUUUACCUGUAACAUUGAUUCUUUUUUUCCUUGUCCAUGAUGUAUUCUACUAGUCCUAUUACAGUUUUGCGCUGUUCACCUGCUGUAACAAUAAUAAUUCAGUAGUUCCCACUGAAUCAGUAAAUUAUGGGGCAAUGGAGAUUCA